AUGAGAAAGGAUUGCAUAGAUUAUGCAAAAGGGUGUCAAGCCUGUCAAACACGUAGGCCGAUUCAAAAUAUACCAGCAAAAGAAUUACAGCUAAUAAUCAAAUUAUGGUCGUUCAGAGGUUGGGGCCUUGACCUUAUAGGUAAAGUUAAUCCACCAUCAAAUGAAGGCCAUCACUGGGUGAUUGUUGCCACAGAUUACUUUACUAAAUGGGUUGAGGCUAAGGCUUGCAAAACGGUUGAUCAACAAACAGUGAUUAACUUCAUGGAACAACAUAUUGUCUAUAGAUUUGGAGUUACAGAAACAUUUGUUUCAGAUAAUGCAACAGUGUUCAGGGCAGUUGAUGUGCUACAAUUUGGCCAUAAUAUGAAUAUUCAUAUGUCAGCCUCUACACCAUACUAUACCCAAGCAAAUGGUCAGGCCGAGUCCUCAAACAAAAUUUUGAUAGAGAUCAUUGAAAAAAUGAUCAAAGAUAAAGUAAGAAGAUGGCAUGAGACUUUAUCUGAGGCUCUAUGA